AUGGGCCUGGUAGACUACGACUCGGACUCUGGAUCCUCAGAGGCCGAACAGACGGCUGCCGCACCCAAGGUGGCUGUGCCAUCAACGACCGCGACAGCUGGUGCCAGCGGCAAGAAGCAGCCGUUCCAAAAGCUGGUCGACCGCGCGAAUCCCGGAAAGAUUGUCGUCAGCCUACCGUCGACGGUGGCUGGCGAAGAUGCGGAAGCAGAGGACAACGAACGGCCAGCCAAGCGGGCGCGUGUGGGUGCCGUAGGAAGCAGCCGGUUCAGCAGUUUUGGGUCGUUUCUGCCGCCACCGAAGAAGACGGCAGCGACUACGAAGUCAACGGCAGGAGGAGGAGAGCUGCCCGGGACAGCGCGACAGAGCGUGAAUCUCAAGACGAGCUCAGAGGCAGCCUUUAGCCGACAGCGAGCGCAGGCGACAGCGGACGGGUCGGACGGGUCGUCGUCGUGCUCUACGAAAAUGACACUCCCACCAGCGAAAGCGCCGUCGAUUCCGGAGGGCCAGAAGGCGGCCUCGGAUGUGAAGCUGGUGGGCAACCCGCUGAUGUUCAUGCCGUUGUCGGUGUCGCGCAAGCCGGGUGGCAAGAAGAAGACAGGCGGCAAGGGAAAGGGGGCUGCGGCCGGCGAGGCGGCAUCAAAGGCCGGCGCAGCAAGAACCGAAGAGGUGCCGGCGCCGCCCAAGAAAAAGGUCUCGCUCUUCUCGCUGGAAGCGAAUGCAGAAGACGAGGCAGCGGCCGAUGGAGAGGGCGAAGAGGUGCCAAGCGCAGACGGCACAUACCAGCCGCUCUUUGAGACGUAUGAGCGGGAGGGACAGGAGGAGCAGCCACUGCAGCUACAACAACAGCAACAACAACAACAACAGCUGAGCGGUUCGCUCGACGCUCUGGCUGACGACCUCCGGCUGACAGCACGCGAGCGGCGCGAGCUCUUUGGGCGGGCCGGAGCCGGAGCCGCGGUGGCGUCGGCGACAUUCAACAUGGAUGAGGAGUACCGGCACAACGAAAAGGUGCGGCUAGCUAGCGAGGCAGACCAGAAACAGCAGGCCCACAACCCGGUGCGCGCGGUGCAGCCAGGCAAGCACAGCCUGCGGCAGCUUGUGACAGCGGUGCAGACGCAGCAGGACGCACUCGAGGAGACGUUUGCCAAGAACCGGGCAGCGCAGCGGGAGUCUGGCAGCCGGGCCCCACACAAGCAAUCGACGACUACCUCAUUCUCGACUGACGAGCCCCGGCUCGUCUGUGAUUCGACCAUGUCGGUGCUCCAGAUUGAAGAUCUCGUGUCGUACCAGCUGCGGGCGUCGUACCUGAGCGAGUUUGCGGAUGGCGUGGGCGAGCGGUUGAUCACGCUCGACGAGAGCAUUGUGCACUCUGCGCCCUUUAAGGCGGCAGGCUGGCGGCCCAACCCGGGGCUGAUCAAGCGGACACACUCACCACCGAUCCCAACAGCGGUGGCAUCGGAAUAUUUCCGGGCGCCGCGGACGCUGGGGCUGACUCUGGAAGAUGAGCCGGACAACAGCAGCGGGCUGCUCGGCGGCGGGCCAGGAGGAGGAGGAUUUGGGGGGGGAAUCGGGGGGAUCGGCAGCGGCGGCGUGAGCGGACAGAUUGGAGGGAGCAGCAGCCUGAUGCUAGGCGGUGGUGGCGGCAGUGGUGGAGCGGGCGGAUCGUCAUCGGUGGCGGGCGGGUCGUCGAUAACGGCGGCAACGAAGCGACGACGACGACGAGAGCAGAUGGAGGAGGAGGAGGACAGCAGCGACCUGAGCGACGAGAGCGACGACGAGGGAACCGCCGAACAGCGGGCAGCACAGCAGAUCAAAUUUGCCAAGAUGCCGACGCGAUUUCGGUCGGGAUCGUCGCCGUUGCAGUCGUCGAACCUGCGACAGCCGCCGAUGGGACCGCCAGACUCGCCGACAUCAUCGACGACGACGACAGCAGGGGCAGGACCGGGAGCCGGGGCUCGACGCGGAUCACAGUCAGCCCUGGAGGCGGUCAAGGAGCGAGCACGACGAGACACGGUGACGAGCAGCGAGAUGUCGUCAGAGAACGAGUUUGACGCGUCCGGCUUCCAGCGGCUACGGGAGCAGGGGGACGUGGGAGGAGGCAGCAGCAGCAGUGGGCGAUCGGGUCGGACAACGACGACGACGACGACAGCACAAGGCCGAUCUCGAGGUGGUAACAACAGCAGCAGUCGAACGGCAGCAGCAGCAAUGGUCAAGCGACAGGACAGCGAUCUGCUGGAGGAGGAGCAAGAAGACGAAGAGGACGAAGAGGACGAAGAAGGCAGCGAGGACGAGUCAGAGGGCGAAGACGGACUGGACGGACUGGACGGCGACGAUGGAUCGGACAUGUCGUCGACGUUUGCAGGCAGCAUCGAGUCAGCGUCGGCAUCCAUGCUGCACGCCGGGACGACGAACCCGCUGAAUGCGCCGCCGCUACGAUUACCGAUCAUCGGGACGCCACCACGCGAGUUUACGCGAACAGCGACGGUGCGACGAUCGCAGCGACCGGUGGCGCUGCUGCCGAUGGGCGAGCUGCCACCGCCACGGCCAUUGAGCACGCUACGGCCGGCGAGCUUGGCGGCACCACCACGGAGUCUGCUGUCGGCGGCACUGCAGGCGAAGAAAUCCGGGGCAGCGAUGCCGUUUGACCGGUUUGCGACGCUGUCGGGCAAAGGCGACCCAAACCCGAUCAUGGUGCGGAUCUACGCGCCCUUCUCGGCACAGAGCACGCGGCCGUUUGAAGUGCCGAUCCGGCGGCUGGUGCAAGAAGGAGGUGGAGGGGCCGAGCGAACGGUCACGGUGGCCGACCUGAUCGGACUCAGUCUGUGGCGAUACACGGAAGAAAAGCGGGAGCCAGCACUGCCGGCGAACCGGCUGCACGUCAACUGGUGGACGCUCCGGAUGGUGGAAGAGGGCGGUGAGGUGGACGACGACUUUCCGCCGCUAGAACGGACACGACCGCUGGCAUCGUUCACGACGGCCAACAACAGCAGCAGUGGCGGCGGCAACAUGAGCAGUGGCGGCGGUGGUGGUGGUGGCGGACGAUUCCGGGCGAACUCCAAGGUGUACGACGACUUUGCGCUGGUGGAGGCGAGCGCGAGCGAAUUUAACGAGAAUCAGCGGACGACGCCACAGUUUACGGCCGAGAAGGUGGGCGAGAUGGGCGAGCAGAUCGGAGGAAGACCGAACGAGAUCAGUCCGAGAAAGGAGACGGACAAGGAAGCCGACAACGACGGAGACCGGACGCCACGCAACGCGACACCACAGCCGGGCGCCGGGCGCAUGCUGAUGGGCGGACGGUCUUCGUUCCAGCCGCUGGAUCAGCCACGUGCCAACCCGAUCAUCACGACAAUGUUCCGUUUCCACGGGCCACACGCCGACGACCCGGCAGUGCCAGCGGCGACGCCCAACACGGCACGCGGCCGCAAGAAGCUGCUGCGCGUGCACGUGCACGUGGCCAACAUGCCGCCCGGCCAGAUGGUCGCGCUCGAGGUCGCCACCGACACCUAUCUCGAGCAAGUCCUCGACAUGGUGUGCAAGAAGCGGCAACUGGACAAGGCGAGUCACGUGCUCAAAUUACCCGACAGUGGGGCCGUCGUGCUGAUGGACCGCACCGUGGCCUCGAUCGGCGCCCUGACCGACCUGGACCUGUACCGCAAGCGGUUUGCCGACGGGAGCGCGACAGGGUCGCUGGCGAGCAGCAGUGCCGCCGCUGGGGCUGUGGGCUCCGUCAUGGGCGUCGCGUCGGGAGCGGCAGCGGCUGCAGCGGCUGCAGCCUCGGCAGCGGUGGCAGCAGCAGGUGCCUCGCCCAAGCUGAUCCAUUCGGGCUAUGGAUACGGCAGCAGCAGCACGAAUGGGCGACACCGCGGCGUCGUCCAUCCGCUCGCGCGCGAGCUCAUCGAGGCCAGCGACGCCAGCUACAAGAAAUACACCGUCUGGCGGCGCCAAGGCCUCAAGCUGAUGGGCUCCAGCGAACGCGUCGUCACCAUCGACGGCGAGUACGUCCACAUUGGCGGCGCCUCCACCGGCAAGGUCACUACCGUCCACUUUAGCAACGUCGUCGGCUGCAAGGUCUCGCAUCGCCACCCGACCCACUUCAAGCUGAUUGUCUACAAGGCUACCGAGAGCAAGCGGUACGACUUUCUGGCCAAAACGGCCGACGAGGCCGCCGAGAUCGUGUUGGAGCUCAAAAAGGCCAUGUCGCCGUACAGGGACGUAUGA